CUUGCCAUCAGUUCUGCCAAACUCUAAAAGCUACAAAAAAAUAUAUAUAAUAUAAUCAGAACGUUUUUGGCAUUCCUGCUCUGGCUUCCAAUAAAAUCCCUUUCAGUUCGCAUUUUUGGGUGUUUUUCCAAUUCUAAUAUAUAAAAUAUAAAUAAGUAUAUAAUAAUUAUAAAGAGAGAUUUCGAAAUAAUGAUCGCCUCAAUCGUGGCAAGAACGGCAGCGGUCACCAUUACCGUUUACAUGACCAAACGUGUUGGAGUCUGGGGCCAGUCAGAGGAGUCGGAGCGACUGUACCACCAGGUGAUCCAUGGCCUCAAACCCCUGGGUGGUCUAGUGCGUGAUCUGCUGCCUCUACCAGAUCCGGAGAAAGAGAUGAACAUGGGCCAGAUGGCCAGAGAUAUGUAUAAUCGAGGCAUCAAGGAUGGAUUCUAUAUAUUGCAGAAUCUACCAAAAAUCUCCAAUCAACUGGCCAUCAAAGCCAAGGAGGCUUGCUACGAUUUGGCCAAAGAGUUGAGUGGCAACAUGGGCAUAGAAAUAGCCAGCAAGAAGAUUGAUCCACCGGCAGAGAAGCCCACCACUUUUGUUAUUGUCACUCCGGGAACGCCAUUGAAGGGCUUGGGGGAGGGCGAUGGUACCACCACCUCCAGCACCACCACAACUCCUACUAGCUCCACUGAUCUUGCUCUCAAGCAGGGAGUCAAGGCAGGUUGGACUCCUAGCAUAUUCCAUCCAUCAUCGAAGAAUGACAAGUCCCAUUAAAUGACUUCCUGCAGUCACAUUUGCAUUCCUGUUCUCCCCGUCUAAAUUUUAAUUUUUAAAUCUUGAAGUACGCAAAUGUAAAGAGUUUCUGGUUUCGAAGAAAUAAUGUCAAUUUGAGUGAUGAA